GCGGAGCUGGCGCAGGGGCAGAGCGCGGCUCCAGUGGGGAUUAAACCCGAGGGCUUCGCCGACGCUUUGCACCGGGUCCGCCAGGACAUAACAUGGCUAACUACUAGAAGCAAGUCUUGAAGAUUCUGUGUGGUCUUACUGUCACUUUCCAGUGUUGCUGGGGUGGUGGGGGAUAAGAUCUCCCUGUUGCCCAGCUCCUGGAGAAAUAAGUUGGAUCAUAAAACCUUUCGAGCUAUUGUUCUAAUGAAAUGAAAAGGCUCACCAUUUUGUACAACUCAGUCAUAAACCCAAUAUGGUAGCGAAUAUUAUUUUUUUAAUCUAGUCUUCAGAGAAUUGUGCAAAGACACUGGCUGUUUUAGGUAGCACGUCAUCUACUUUUUUCAGAAAGACCAAAAUGAUCUGCGACUUACUGCUUUUCAGCUGUUGAUCCAAAGCACCACAUCUUAGUCAUGUUUUACAAUAUGCAAUAGGUAGCUCUCAUCUGCAGUGACCCAGACAAGGCUGCAAAUCAGAUUUUUCAGUUUCUACGACAGCUGUGUCAACUUGACUGUACGCUGAUGUCUGAGUCUUCCUGUUAGCAUCAGUUUGUUAACCUUUAGAGGCUGUUGUAUUGGGAAAUAUCGUAGACACAUGUCAUAAUCUGGACCUCUUACUGAAGGCCUCCAGCUGCCAAAAGUCAUUUUGAGUAUUUGAGAAUGUUUUCUGCCUGUACUUAAGUAAUGGAUGGACUUUAUCUUGGACAGCCUGCUCAGAUUGCUGCUAAAAUUGGAGAUAUUCCUCACUUGAAUAAUACCACGCCACUGGUGGACCCCUCUGUCUAUGGUUAUGGAGUACAAAAAAGGCCCCUGGAUGAUGGAGGUCUCCGUUUAAGUGGGCUCCAUGGAGCACAGAUAAGAGAUACAGAGAGAAUAGGUAACCAGUUAGGGGCCCUGGUACAUCAAAGGACAGUAAUAACAGAAGAAUUCAAAGUGCCUGAUAAAAUGGUUGGAUUUAUAAUCGGCAGGGGCGGUGAACAGAUCUCACGGAUCCAGGCAGAGUCUGGCUGUAAAAUUCAGAUUGCUCCAGACAGCGGUGGGAUGCCUGAGAGGCCCUGUGUGCUCACCGGAACACCAGAGAGCAUUGAACAAGCGAAGAGACUACUGGGGCAGAUAGUGGAUCGCUGUCGGAAUGGACCUGGCUUUCACAACGAAGUUGAUGGCAACAGUACAAUCCAGGAGAUUCUGAUCCCGGCAUCCAAAGUGGGUCUAGUCAUUGGCAAAGGAGGCGAAACAAUAAAACAGUUGCAGGAGCGAACAGGUGUGAAAAUGGUUAUGAUCCAAGAUGGCCCAUUACCAACGGGAGCAGAUAAACCUCUCCGUAUUACUGGAGAUGCUUUUAAAGUACAGCAAGCAAGGGAAAUGGUACUGGAGAUCAUCCGAGAGAAAGAUCAGGCAGAUUUCCGAGGCGUACGAAGUGAUUUCAGCUCUAGAAUGGGAGGAGGCAGCAUAGAGGUCUCUGUGCCUAGGUUUGCUGUUGGAAUUGUAAUAGGAAGAAAUGGAGAAAUGAUCAAAAAGAUUCAGAAUGAUGCUGGCGUUAGGAUUCAGUUUAAACCAGAUGAUGGGAUUAGUCCUGAAAGAGUCGCGCAGGUCAUGGGGCUUCCUGAUCGGUGUCAGCAUGCAGCUCAUAUCAUCAAUGACCUUAUUCUCACAGCACAGGAACGAGAUGGCUUUGGAAGUCUGGCAGUAGCCCGGGGAAGAGGUCGUGGUCGUGGGGACUGGAGCGUUGGGACACCUGGGGGGAUGCAGGAAAUAACCUACACGGUGCCAGCUGAUAAGUGUGGCCUUGUUAUAGGCAAAGGUGGAGAGAACAUCAAGAGCAUAAACCAACAGUCAGGAGCCCAUGUGGAGCUGCAAAGAAAUCCACCUCCCAACACGGACCCUAGCGUACGGAUAUUCACCAUCAGAGGAGUUCCCCAACAAAUUGAGCUCGCUAGACAUCUCAUAGAUGAGAAAGUUGGUGGUACCAGCAUGGGUGGACCUGGCAGUUUUGGUCAAAAUCCUUUCAGCCAAGCACCUGCUGCACCUCAUCAAAAUGGUCCUCAGGCAUUCAUGACACAGAGUUGGGGGAGCACCUACCAGACGUGGCAACAGCCUGGACAGCAAGUUCCAAGCCAACAGAGCCAGCAGCAGAACAGCCAGCCUGAUUACAGCAAGGCGUGGGAGGAGUAUUACAAAAAACAGAGUCACGCUGCCAAUGCUGCUUCUCAGGCAAGUUCCCAGCCGGACUACACAAUGGCAUGGGCGGAGUAUUACAGACAGCAGGCUGCCUACUAUGGACAGACACUAGGGCAAGCUCAGGCUCACAGCCAGGAGCAGUAGAACAAUGUCCUUGUGGCAAUUUUUUUUCUUGGAAUCAUUGUGGAAGAAAACCUUUUUGUAACAGAGGUUUCUAGAUUUGCAACAUUUUGA